UUUUUUCUAAAAAAAAAAUUGUUUACUCAACCCACAGGAAUUCGCUGGUUGUACGAUAAAAUCUUGGAAUCCAUAACAAAAUUAGCUAUUAAAUUCAUUUUCUCUCUCUCUCUCUUUUAUUUAUAUAUAUAUACACAGACCAAGCAGAAGCCAAGCUAACUCUUUUUUCCUGCUUUGUUUCUGUAAAAACUCAUCCUCCUCUUUUCCUUCUUGGAGUAGAAAUGGUGGUGGCAUCGCCAAAUCCAAUUAUUGCAACUGAAAAAAUUAUAGAGACCAUUGAGCUGCCGGUAAUAGACCUGUCAAUGGGUGAGAGAUCAGAGGUGUCGAAUCUCGUUGUUAGAGCUUGUGAGAAGUACGGUUUCUUCAAGGUGAUCAAUCAUGGAAUCUCUAAAGAAAUCACUUCCAGAAUGGAACAAGAAAGUAUGAGUUUCUUUGCGAAGCCUUUCCCUGAAAAAGAACUUGCUGGGCCUGCUAAUCCUUUCGGUUAUGGCUGCAAAAACAUUGGCUUUAAUGGUGAUAUUGGAGACGUUGAAUAUCUUCUUCUUAACACUCAUCCUCUCUCCAUAUCUCAAAGAUCCAAAACCAUCUCCGAUGACCCCCACAGAUUCAGCUCUGCUGUGAGUGAUUAUAUAGAAGCUGUUAGGGAGGUCGCAUGUGAACUACUAGAACUAAUGGCAGAGGGGCUGGGGGCCCCGGAUCCAUCAGUGUUUAGUAGGCUGAUCAGGGACGCUGAUAGUGACUCCAUCAUCAGGCUUAAUCACUACCCACCUAUGCCUGUGCCUAUUAUCGGCUGCAAGGAUAAGGACACGUCACCUUCUUACAACACAAAUAGGGUUGGGUUUGGAGAGCACUCUGACCCUCAGAUCUUGACCCUCUUGAGAUCCAACGAUGUGGGUGGCCUGCAGAUUUCCUUAAAUGAUGGUGUCUGGGUCCCAGUCUCACCUGACCCCAAUGGUUUCUGUGUUAAUGUUGGAGAUGUCUUACAGGCUAUGACAAAUGGUAGAUUUGUGAGUGUGAGGCACAGGGCCCUAACCAACUCAUACAACUCUAGAAUGUCAAUAGCAUAUUUUGCAGCGCCACCUCUGAAUGCCAAGAUCACAGCUCUACCGCACAUGGUCUCUGCCGUUAGGCCUUCCUUGUACAGGCCAUUCACUUGGGAUGACUACAAAAAAGCUGCUUAUUCUCAACGUCUUGGAGAUGCCCGUCUUGAUCUUUUCAGGAAACAAUGAGAAGAGCUUGCUUAAUGGCUUGUGUUGUGCGUAGUUUUGAGUCUUGAGAAACAUAAACAUGUGGAGGGUCUUGUCUUGUUUGUAACCCCCAGGGGAGUUUUGGUUUAGAUUCUAUAGUUGCUGCUUAUAGAAGGAAAUCAAGUGGUUUAGGUUUCUAUGUA